AUGUUAACAUCAUCUUCACUGCCAUCACCAUCACCAUCAACAAAAAAUUCUACAAAUUCAUUAAAAAGAUUUACACAAAGAUUUACCCAAAGUGAAAAUAAAAUAAAAGCCGGUAAAGAUCCCGAAAAAUGUGAUCGUGAUACCCGACGAUAUUUACAUUCGUGUUUAUUGGUGAAUAUACAAUGGUGUCAAGCAGCUAUACCAAUACUUUGGAGGAAUAGUUUUUAUUUUUGUAGAGGUGGAAAUGCACAUUUGAUAGAAACAUAUAUUUCAUGCUUUAAUUCAUCUGAACGACAAACAUUAAUUUCGGCAGGAGUAAUUUUACCAAUAUCACGUUAUCCCCGUCCGGCAUUUCCAUAUGCAGCAAUGUUAAAACGAUUGGAUUAUGAUAGGUUUUGUAAUUCCGUGGAUAUUUGGUGUAACAAAACUGAUCAAGAACGGUAUAAUGCAAUUGUAAUAAUGAUGAGAGCAUUAUUCCGUUUAUUCUUAACUCGAUCGGUUAUAUUGUUACAUUUAGUAUUAGGAGAAUGGAUAGAUAAAACUUCUACAGAUUUGAAAUAUCGAAGAAUUAUUGAAGAUGAAUUUAAAGAUUUAUUACAACCUGUUAAAAAAUUAAAAGUUCAAGGAGAUUUUGUAAAAGAUUGCAUUUUGAAAGGAUUACAAUAUCCAUGUACACAUUUGGACAAAUUAUUUGUUUAUUUAUCAAACACACCUCAAAAUUAUAGUUAUAAUGAAGAAUUAACUUCUUUACAAGAAUUAAUCGUUUCCCAAAAACGAUUGAAAUCAUUAAAGCUUGGGAAUAUAAAUCCUAAUUUAUUAUUCCCGUCAUUGAUUACUCAAUCAAAAACAUUGACAAGUAUUCAUUUAUUGGGAUGUGGAUUUAACGAAGAAGUUCCUUGGACAUAUUUAACUCAAUGUUCAAAUCUUGAAAAAUUAAAAUUUAGAGAUUGUACAGGAUUUAGUGAACGAAUGAUUGAAGCUUUAAUUUCUUCUUUAUUUCCGAGAUUAAAAUUAUUAGCUAUAGUAGGUGAAUGUAAAACUUUAAAUGGUGAUUUUGUAACUAGAGAUUAUUGUGAUGUACUAAUUGAAUGGGGAAUUGAACAAGGUGCUUUGGUAACUGUUGGGAUUUGGGAUUUUGUUGACGCUUGGAUAAAAUUUGGAACGAACGUUUAUACUCUUCGAUUUCGAUGGAAUUACGCGGGUCAGUUUCAUAACAUAUAUCGAAAAUAUUUCGAAGCAUUGAGACAACAUGCUGAUAUAUUUCAAGACACUGAUCAAGUUCAUGCUCAGAAAUUAUGUCAUUACCACCCAUCGCCGCCACCAUCACCAAAUGUAUCUAUGCCAGAGUCUCAAGCUUUAAAUAUAAAUAUUUACUCUCAGAGUUCAACCACUGCCUUAUUUCAAACAUUGGAAAUUUCAGAGAUUGUGUUCCCUACUGGAGUGGUCAAUUCACCCUCAAGUUCACCUCCAAAUCCAUUCCCAAGUUCUUCCCAAGUUCAAUGGUAA